AUGAAGGAAAAAAGAAAAGCCCCUGGUACUAAAGUUACUGGUGCCCCACUAUCUAGAGAAUCUUUAUUGCAACAAAGAAAACUGAAAACACUUGAAAGAAAAAGAACUAUAGAUGCUGUUGAAAGCGACGACGAUGAUGAGGAUGAUGAUCCAAGCGAAGAAAGCGACAGUGAUGAUGAUUCUGAACUUCAACCAAAUGAGGUUAUAUUUCAAAAUAUUCAGUUUAAUGACGGCACGAAAAUUACUUCAGAUCUCCAAAAGCUAAGAGGUACCAAUACAGGAACAAAGAAACAUGGACCCAAUAACAAAGAUUUAAAGGCACAUUUAAAAAUAUUAGAGAAAAAGAAGGAAAAAUUACAAAAUAAAAAUGAGUUAGAAUUGAUUCAGAUUAAAGAAAAAGAAAAGUGGCAAAGAGCUCAAUUGAAAACUCAGGGUAUUAAAUUAAAAGAUAACGAGAGCCUAUUGCGUAAGGCCUUAAAGAGAAAGGAACAGCAAAAAAGAAAAUCUGCUUUUCAAUGGAACGAUCGGAAACAACAAAUCGUUUCUAAUAUUGCAGAAAAGCAAAAAAGAAGAGAAGAAAAUUUGCAAAUAAGGAAAGAAAACAAGAACAGAAAACAAAAUAAAAGGGUUAAAAUGAAAAAGUCUCUAAAUGGUUUAAAAUCGAACAAAAACUUAAUUAUUAAAAAGAAAAAGAAUAAUAAUACCAAUGGUAAUAGGGGCAAAGAAACUGGGUAUCGUAACGGUAGUAACAAUGCUAAUGGACAUAGCAAAAGGGCUGGUUUUGAAGGUCGUUUGAAAAGGUAG